UCAUAAACAAUUUCAAAAUGAGCGUCGAAGAGGAAGUAUUUAAAAUUCAAAAGAAAAUGAGUAAAAUCACAUCCAAUGAUGAGGGUUCGGGGCAAGAACAGGCUUUGGAUUUGUUAAAAGCCCUACAACAACUCAGUAUCAAUUUGGAAAUCCUAACAAAAACUCGUAUCGGUAUGACAGUGAACGAAUUACGUAAAAGUAGCAAGGACGAAGAAGUAAUCAGCCUCGCAAAGACUUUAAUCAAAAACUGGAAACGCUUUUUAGCCAAUACCACAUCAUCGAAAGACUCCAACUCAAAUUCAAACAGCAAAUCCUCAUCAAAAUCAUCGUCAAGCAAUAGCGCAGGAAGCUCUAGCAGCAGCAAAAAGAAUGACAAAAAGAAAGAGGAACCCAAAAAGACCGAAGUGGAAAAACCCAAAGUGUCGCAGUCUACAUUCCCAACUUCGUCGGGAACUAUGACCGAUGCGGUGCGACUAAAGUGCAGAGAAAUGCUUGCAAAUGCUUUAAAAGUCGACCCUACCCCCGAGGGUUGUUGCGAACCAGAAGAACUCGCCGAAGAGCUGGAAGAAGCCAUCCAUGCCGAGUUCCGGAAUACCGACAUGAAGUACAAGAACCGUGUCAGGUCUCGUGUGGCCAAUUUGAAAGACGCCAAAAAUCCCACCUUACGUAGUAAUUUCUUGUGUGGAGCUGUCACGGCUCAGCAACUUGCCAAAAUGACGCCCGAAGAGAUGGCCAGUGACGAGAUGAAAAAGAUCCGUGAGAAAUUUGUUAAAGAGGCAAUCCACGAUGCUCAAUUGGCAACAGUGCAAGGCACAAAGACAGAUCUACUCAAGUGUGGCAAAUGCAAGAAGCGCAAUUGUACAUAUAACCAAUUGCAGACGAGAAGUGCUGAUGAACCUAUGACGACAUUUGUCAUGUGCAACGAGUGCGGCAACCGAUGGAAGUUUUGUUAAUUUUUUUUUUCCCAAACAAAAAAAUAUUUAACAAAAAUCCUCAUUUGACUUAUAUUGACACUCACUGCUGUUUUCUAUUUAAAAUUUAAGUUAGCAGUACGCUCAGGUUCUUGAAAAAAAAAAAAAUUAGGAAGAAAAUCAAUCAAGUUAAUUGGUUAACAUCAGUGUAUAAUAAUAUUGUUUUAUGCACUGAAUCUCAAGUACUACCUUCACAAACGAAAUGAAACAUUUUAAUUUAAAUUAAAAAAAGUCGAUAAAAAAAGAAUUUUGAAAAAAUAAUAAACAAAUAAGCUGAGUAUAUAACUGAAA